AGAUUUCUCUACUUUUUAUACUUCAUUAAAUAUAAACAAUCAUAUAAAGUUGCUGUGCUUGGCCACAUUCUAAGCACAUUAACUGUGUCUUCAUGUUCUGCAUUCUCCCACAUUCAGGUCUGAUUCUGAUCUUAAAGGUUGCCAAUCAAACUGAUCUUUCCAAGGCCAAACGACUAUAUUACAAUGAAGGGGAUAGGAGCCCUUGGAGCAUGAACCGCAUAAAUGAGUCAAUGCAGUCCUUGAUUCAAUGGGAAAAUCAAGCCUGCCCAAUCAACAGUCAGGGCCCUAUACACUGGCCGCCUAAUUGGUCUGAAUCGGCGGAACCGGCAGCUUUAUCCAUCAGGGGUCUGAGAAGGCUGCUGUUUUACUGCAUGUUCCACCUAGUGGCCAAAUGCAGUAUCUAAUUAUAAGAUACUCACUUUGUUACAAUAAAAGGUUCAGCGUUUACUAUUAUAAUCUCACCUCAGCCUAUCAGCAGAAGUAUUUACUGUUCAGCUUAUUCAGAGCAAACACCUUUUUGGUUGCUAUGGGUUACUGGAUAAACUUUAGUGCCUGUUAGAUACAGGGGUUCAAAUUUUGGGUAAAUGAAUGGUACAGUUUAUAGCACUGACAUAAAAAUACAAUGUUAACCCUGUAAGGUUGGCCAGGGGCCUGUGGUUAAGAGUCACAGAGUGAGAUAUUUUGUUUUCAUUCUGAAACUACCAGCUCUCUCUCUGGUCUCAAUACCUGACCUCUAAAGGAAGUCUCAGAGGUUUCCUUCAGAUAACGUAUAAAGCUGCGAGUGGUCGGCCAUUUGUGCUGAGGAACCAUGAAGCUUCGCACUUGUGUUCUGCUGCUGCUGCUCCCAGCUCUGACAGUAGGAGCAGAACAUGUGAGGGGAUCAGUCGGGGGGACAGUGCUAUUACCCUGCACUUACCCUGUUACUGGAGGUACCACCAGUAUGUGCUGGGGCCGAGGCCAUUGCCCAACUUCCAAAUGUCUUGAUCCGAUCCUCAGGACUGAUAGAGAUGGGAAGGAAGUUAUCUGGCACCAAUCAGAGAGAUACAGAUUAUUGGGGAACAUAGAACAGAGGGACGUGUCUCUCACCAUCUCCCAACUGACCUUCAGUGACUCCGGAACCUACUGCUGCAGGGUGGAGAUCCCUGGUUGGUUCAACGACCAAAAGGGGGAGAUACAAGUCAGUGUAGAUGAAGCUCCCAUGGAGGAAGAGUAUGCUGAAGAUAUUGUAAUCCUGCCCAAGAUUUUGCCCGUCUUUGCUCCAGACAGAGCAGCGCUUCAGAUCCACCCAACCACGGUUACACAAGAGAAUCAGGAGACAAAGGAGACAGAUCCACUGGAUCCUGUGAGAGAGAACAAGGAAAUCUCCGUGAUCAACAUCAUUCGCAUUGUCUUAAUAUUUUCUCUCCUUCCACUGGCCCUGAUUAUAUUUCUGUGUACUUACAGUGUAUCUAUGGGUAACAAACAGUGAUACUGUGCAACUCCACAUACGGAUCUCCAUAUAUGUAACAAUGGAUAAUUAUUUCCAUCUUGCUUUAUAUCCCCCUCAGGCUUCUAUGAAGGUGUUACUGGCUCACCUUGCAGUUUCAGCCUUGUGUACACCUCCAUGGCUUUCCUUGUUCCACUCCAUAUUUAUCUAUCACAACGUAUGCAACGUAAUAAAGUGUUUUAUUUGGUUUAAA